GCAUUAUUGUGUGUGUUUUUUUUUUUUUAAUUUCAUAAUGCCUAUCCAACAAAUUAAGGCCCUUUUUUAUUAGGGGAGAUAAACUACAGAUUGGAGGUUAGUGAAGAAACUAAUGGAGAUAUAAUAAGUCAAAUUAAAAUGACAAGAAUGAGCUCUCAUCUAUUGAUACUUAUACUUGAGCUAGUAGCUUGCUACAAUAGCACUACAAGAAAGAAUUCUUUUGUUUCUGUGUGUCUGUCUUCUGCUGCAAACCUUUAGUAUCUUUAUUCACCUCAUGCCAUGUAUUUGACUUAGCUUACUACCAGAACAGAACUGUUGACUUAUCAUUACAUGACAUAACUGUGUUGACCCCGCUGAUAAACCCAAAUUCCAAAUUAGAGGCAAUUAAAAAUAAGUCACAUCUUUUUAAUCUGUAUUACUUUGUUUUGGUAAUACAAUUUCAAAAAAGGUUCUCAGCAAUGAGUCAAAAUAUGUUUGCGCUUUUUGAAUAGGUUUUGACAUCAAACUCAAAUAAACAUAUUUUUGGCAUAUCCUCUUUGUGAAAUAUUGUUAAUUCUUACUAUAGGCACAAGAACAACUAUAAAUUGUGGUAUAAUUGUAAUUUUAUACUUAAAAAUUGUGAUUUCCUCUAUCAUAGCCAAGUUUUGUUUAAGGCAACAUUAUCAUGAUAGUGGGUAUAUGAAGUUGUAAACAAAUUACAGCAAACUCCAAACCUAGAAACACUUUUCCUGUGUAUUAGAAAAAGACUGCAGGAACAUCUGUGAAUAACUUUAUUAGAAGAUGCUAUGGGCUUAACAUGCAACGUCUUCUGUGUUUUUUUUUAAUUUUAUUAAAAGUUGUAUGAAUAACACUUUUUUCAGUAGACACAAGAGAAUUUAUUUUUUUCAUUAUAUGAUGAGCCACUCACUGUUAAUUUGUCAAACUGAAAGAAAGAUUUGUUAUCAAAGUAUUUUAUACAUAAGAUGCAAGUAAACAUUGAAAGAAUGCAGAAUUACAAUUUACUAUCAAAUAGUUUUUGAUAAAUGUAUUUUAGCCAAAUAAUAUGUUCAGUUGGUAAGUGUAAUAAAACUUUAAAAUAGUUUAAAAUGUGCAUUAGAAGUUGAACAAAAUGCAUUAUUGUAGAAAACCAAAUGUCUCUUCAAGGUCAACAAGUUCAAUAACAACUCCACUUCACUGUUCAGUUCAGUUGUGACAGGAAUGUCAACAGGGAUCUUUGCUGUAUGCUUUCUUGAAUCUAUAUUGAAACCAAAUGGAGUGGCUUACCCAGAUCUUGUCUGCUUUACUACUCAUGAUCACUGCGAGUUACAUACUGAAAAUAUUUCGUUCUUCAGUGAAGUUCAAAAAUCUCCUAAAUAAAUUUCCUGGUCCUGAACCACUGCCUUUGAUUGGUUCUAUAACAGAUUAUAUGGUCCCUAGGGAACAAAUGGCAACUGUGUUUGAUAAAAGAUUUAAAGAAUAUGGCCCAGUUGUUCGUGUCUGGAAUCCUGUGUGUAUGGAUCCUGAUCUUUUUAUUACAAAACCUGAAUAUUUAGAGGUGAUACUAACAAGCACAAAGCACAUAAAGAAGAGCACUGCAUAUGAUGGAUUAAAACCUUGGCUGGGUACUGGCUUGCUAACUAGCACAGGAAAGAAAUGGCAACUUCAUCGUAAACUGAUCACUCCAGCUUUCCACUUCAACAUUUUAGAAGAUUUCUUUCAAGUUUUUGUAGAGAAAUCUAAGAGUUUGAUAAAUACCAUGACAAAAUUACCUGUGGGCACUACAAUUGACCUUAUGCCCAUUAUUUCAAAAUGUACAUUGGACAUUAUUUGUGAAACUGCAAUGGGGACUUGUAUGAAUAUCCAAGAAGAUAAAGAACAUGAACAAUAUGUUUCUGCAGUCCUUGAACUCAGUGAAAUAACAAUGUACCGAGAGUUUCGACCUUGGUUGUACUCGGACCUUGUUUUCUACAGGACUCAAUACGGAAAGCAAUAUGCAAAAUGUCUUCAAAUCCUACAUGGUUUUACUGAAAACGUAAUUCAAAAAAGAAAGCUCCAUACUAAUAAAAAGCCUUCAGCAGAAGAAAAUUCAGAAGAUACAUCAACUGGAGCGAGAAGGAGAUUGGCUCUUCUGGAUCUGUUGUUGGACACAUGUGACUCUCCUCACCCACUGACGGAUCUGGAGAUCAGGGAAGAAGUGGAUACUUUCAUGUUUGAGGGUCAUGACACAACUGCAAUGGCCAUCACAUGGGCUUUGUAUCUUCUAGGGACUCAUCCACAUAUACAGGAAAGAGUUGUGGUAGAACUUGAGGAGAUAUUCUCUACAUCUCAACGCAGCCCAUAUUUUGAGGAUCUAGUUGCCAUGAAAUAUUUGGAGAGAGUGAUAAAAGAGGCUCUAAGAUUGUAUCCUAGUGUACCAUUCAUUGCCAGGAAAAUCGAAGAAGAUCUGCCCCUAGGUGAUGGCUACAUUAUCCCAGCUGGUACAGGUGUUACACUGGAUAUAUUCCAUACACAUCGAGAUCCCACCCAGUUUCCAGACCCUUAUGUCUUCAAUCCUGACAACUUUCUGCUAGAGAGGACUAGGAAGAGACAUCCAUUCGCUUACAUACCCUUCAGUGCUGGGCCACGUAACUGUAUUGGCCAAAAGUUUGCUAUGAUGGAAGAGAAAACCGUUCUCUCUGCCAUUUUGCGAAAUUUCAAGAUAGAAGCAGUAGAAGAAAAUGUGGUAAUGCUUCAAGAACUCACCCUGAAACCAGUAAAUGGCUUACUUGUUAAAUUAACUCCACGGAAACAUUGAUUAUUUUCUUAUACCUGUACUUUGAAUAAUUAGGAACAUGGCUCCAUUUUGCACCUAAAUUCAGUUACAUUUGGUUAAAAAAAUUUUAUAAUAUUGAGAUGACCGUAGUAUAUUACUUGCUGUGCAAUUGUUGUAGGUCUUUAUGGUAUUACUAGUGUACAAUGCAAAUGUUUUACAUGAAUAAAAUAAAAAGAGACUAUUA